CAAAUGGGACCGAUUACCUUCUCUUAACAAACCAAAGUACAAAGAAAACAGAGAGGCCGGCCUAAAAGGUUUCAAACUGAUGAAGCCACCACCGUCCUCUUCCGCCUCCAGAGCCAUCCUCCUGCGCAAAGCCCGUCUUUCGCCUUAUCUUUUCGCCUUAUUAGUCUUCAUCUUCUUAGUCACCCUCCUAUAUGGGGAAGAUUUCAGCUGCACCUUUGGCCAGUUUGAUUCUGAUCACCAUAGCCACCUGCACACCAUUUCAACCGAGAAGAACAGUGAAAAGUUGGCUUUCGCCAUUGGAGAGACUGAGAGGGGCUGCGAUGUUUUCAAAGGGAGGUGGGUACGAGACAAGAAGGCUCGGCCGCUUUACGAGGAGUGGGAGUGUCCGUACAUUCAGCCGCAGUUGACAUGUCAAGAACAUGGCCGGCCGGAGAAGGAGUAUCAGCAUUGGAGAUGGCAGCCUCAUGGCUGUUCACUUCCAAGUUUCAAUGCCACAUUGAUGCUUGAAAGCCUCCAAGGAAAGAGAAUGUUGUUCGUCGGAGAUUCUUUAAAUCGGGGUCAAUAUGUUUCAAUGAUAUGUCUUUUACAUAGAGUCAUCCCUGAAGAUGCCAAAUCCAUGAAAACUUUGGGUUCUUUAACUGUUUUCACAGCCAAGGAUUACAAUGCUACAAUAGAGUUCUACUGGGCACCAUUUCUUCUGGAAUCAAACUCAGAUGAUGCAGUCAUUCACAGAGUAACUGACAGACUUGUUCGCAAAGGUUCGAUAAAUAAGCAUGGGAAAAACUGGAAAGGAGCAGAUAUAAUUGUGUUCAACACUUAUCUAUGGUGGAUGACUGGCCUAAGAUUCAAGAUUCUGCAAGGAUCUUUUGAUGAUGAAGAGAAGGAUAUUGUGACACUACCAACGGAUGAUGCUUAUCGUAUGGCCAUGAAGAGCAUGUUGAGAUGGGUGAAGAAGAAUAUGGAUCCCAAUAAAACGAGAGUCUUCUUUACCAGCAUGUCGCCUUCGCAUGAAAAGAGCUUUGAAUGGGGAGGAGAUCCAAAUGGCAACUGUUACAAUGAAACAACCCCAAUAGAAGAUCCAGAGUACUGGGGAUCAGGCAGUCGAAGAAGCAUAAUGGGAGUGAUUAGUGAAGUAUUCAGCAAAUCAAGGGUUCCAAUUACGUUUCUCAACAUCACCCAACUCUCAAGUUACAGAAAAGAUGCACAUACAUCUAUUUACAAGAAACAAUGGAGCCCGUUAACCCCAAAACAGUUGGCAAACCCAGUGAGCUAUGCUGAUUGUGUGCAUUGGUGUUUACCCGGGCUUCAAGACACUUGGAAUGAGCUUUUAUUUGCCAAGCUUUUCUAUCCUUAAUAGGAUCAGUACACAGCAUGUAGUAGUGGAAACUUUGAAGAUUUUCUGAUAAAAUCAACUAAGAUAUAAAAUCACCUAACGUGUAAAAAGGAUUCUUGCAGUUCCCCCAACGUUAGAAGAGAACAAAGAACAGAAAACUUCCCCUCCCUGUCCUGUUUUCGCCCAAUUCUUUAGAUUUUCUGUUUUUGUAACAUAAAUAUUGUCAAGAACUCAUCACCAUGAACAAAGUUCGUAAAAUUGAACUGGAUAA